AUGCCAGGAGAAACGCUAGCUCUUCCGGCGCCGCCGCCGGGCGGCUUGAAAGACGCUACGCCGUCAGUCCUGACGGCCGAAGAACGGUCUGGGCAGCAGAAACCGGCAGAGAAGCCGAAACCGGUGGUGGUUGCGACGCAGACGAAGACGAUUGGAAUCAUUCAUCCUCCUCCCGAUAUUCGCAGCAUCGUCGACAAAACCGCCACCUUCGUCGCUCGAAACGGUCCGGAUUUCGAAAAGAAGAUUCUCGCCGCAAACAAGGGGAACGUCAAGUUUAAUUUCCUCACGCCCACCGAUCCCUACCAUGCGUACUACCGGCACAAGAUUAACGAGCAGCUGGCGCAGCUUAAUCUCCCCGCUCAGCCCGAACCUAUAGCUUCCGAGUCUGGUGCAGGUUCGGCAGCAGCAGCCGGAGCUCCGGCCGGGGCUGCUCCGGGAACAGCCGGGGCUGCAGCUGCGGUUGUCAAGCCUGCAGGCCCGGCAGGGCCUUUUCCGGAGCCUGGCAAAGACGCAGCAGCAGCAGGGGCUUCGGCAGCAGCGGCGAAGCUUCCGGAUCUGCCCGAACCAGAGCAGUACACGGUUCGGAUUCCCGAAGGCAUGUCCGGGCAGGAUUUGGACGUUAUCAAGCUGACCGCGCAACUCGUGGCGCGAAACGGCAAGACGUUCCUAACGGGUUUAAUUAGUCGCGAGCACAUGAACCCGCAGUUUAAUUUCCUCAAGCCCACGCACAGCCUAUUCACCUUCUUCACCGCUCUCGCGGACGCGUACUCUAAAGUACUAAUGCCUCCUAAGGAGGUCUUAGAUAAGGUGAAGCGCGACGCGGGGCCAGGCGGGCAGGCCGCGAUCAUGGCACGGAUCCAGACGCGGCUCGACUACGAGAAGAAGCAGGAGAAGGCGCGGAAGAAAGCGGAGGACGAGAUCGAGCAGGAGCGAUUACAGAUGGCUUUAAUCGACUGGCACGAUUUCAUAGUCGUAGAGACGAUCGAAUUCGCGGACGACGAGGAGGCGGAUCUGCCGGUUCCGAUGACUAUAGAGGAGGUGAUUAGAAAGAGCAAGCAGCUUGGCGCGGACGAGGAGCUCGAGGCGGAGGACGCCGCGGCCGUCGCGGCGGCGGAGGCGGGCGCGAAGCCGGGCACGAAGGCGGCGGCGGCGGCGGCGGAGAAGGCGAAGGGGGAGAAGGAGGAGGCGGCGCAGACGAUGGACGCGGAGGAGAUGACGCUGGUGGAGGAGGGCAUGCGCGCGACGGGAAUCGCGGAGGGGGAGGGGGGGAAGGGCGCGGAGAAAGGGAAGGGGGAGAAGGCGGAAGGGGAGAGGGGAGGGGAGGAGAUGGAGAUGGGGGAGGAGGGAGGUGCGCCUGCUGCUGGAAGCGGCCAUCUCACACUAUCCCCUCUCCGCCCCCCACCCUCUUCUCUACAAUCAUGCAUGAUAGAAAACGAGAUGGACAUGGAGGAAGAAGAAGAGGAGGCACCAAUGCGCAUCGUGCGCAACUGGAAGCGACCCGAAGACCGAGCAGCGGCCGAGCAGGACCCGACCAAGGUGGUGGUCUCCCCCAUCACGGGCGAGCUGAUCCCCAUCGCGGACAUGGCGGAGCACAUGCGCAUCUCGCUCAUCGACCCCAAGUACAAGGAGCAGAAGGAGCGCAUGCUCGCCAAGCUGCGCGAAAACACCCUCGCUUUCUUUCUGCCUUCCCUUUCCCUCCCUGCUAACGAGAUGGAUAUGGAGGAGGAAGAGGAGGAAGCGCCGAUGCGCAUCGUGCGCAACUGGAAGCGACCCGAAGACCGAGCAGCGGCAGAGCAGGACCCGACCAAGGUGGUGGUGUCCCCCAUCACGGGCGAGCUCAUCCCCAUCGCUGACAUGGCGGAGCACAUGCGCAUCUCGCUCAUCGACCCCAAGUACAAGGAGCAGAAGGAGCGCAUGCUCGCCAAGCUGCGCGAGAACACCCUCGCCAACGACGACGAGAUCUCCAAGAACAUCGUCGGGCUGGCCAAGACCCGCCCGGAUAUCUUUGGGACCACCGCGGAGGAGGUUUCGGAGGCGGUGCGGGCGGAAAUGGAGAAGAAGAAGGACGAGGGCGCGCCCAGCCGGGUCAUGUGGGACGGGCAUACUGCCAGCAUUGGCCGCACUGCCACCCAGGCCUUGCAGCAGAGCCUGGCUCAGCCGCCCGCCGCGGAGAAAAAGGACGAGCCGAGCCGCCCGAUUUCGGGCCCGCAGGCGCCGGCGCCGCCUCCUCCUGCUGCUCGCCCUGCUGCUCUCCCGCGGCCUCCUGCUGGGGGUCCCCCUCCGGGUAUGGGGCACAUGCGUCCCGGAGGCAACAUGCCUCCACCCAUCGCCACCAUGGCUGCAUACGGCAUGCCCCGCAUGCCCAUGCCAGGAAUGCCUGGAAUGCCGGGCAUGCCGGGUAUGCCUGGUGGGAUGAUCAACCCCAUGCUGAUGGCUCAGAACCAAGCUGCUGCUGCUGCGGCUGCAGCAGCGGGAGGGAUGUUUGGCAUGCGACCACCCAUGAUGGUCCCAGGGCAAGUUGGGAUGGUGCCGGGAGGUUUCCCGGGGUUCCCAGGGGGAAUGCCCAUGGGUGUGCCGAUGGGGAUGCCGGGAGGGGUGCAGAUGGGUAUGGGUAUGGUGCCAGGGGGUAUGGUGCCUGGAGGGAUGGGGGGUGCUGCAUCGGCGGCGGCAGGGGUGGGAGGGGGAGGGGGAGGGGAGGAGGAGCAUGAUGCGAAGAGGCAGAAGACUGAGGAGAAUCUCAUUCCGGAGAAUGUGUUUCUCGCACAGCACCCGGGCCCAGUGCGAGUGGUGGUUAUGCUUCCCUCGGUGGAGGGAGAGCCGGCACUCAACGGGCAGAAGGUGGACGUGCUGGUGUCAUCGCUCAGCGAAUCAACAGGCGCAUUCAAAGAGCACAUUGCGCAGGCUCUGGGCGGCAGCGUGCCGGCCAACAAGCAAAAGCUCAGUGGCAAGGCAGGCUUCUUCAAGGAUUCGCUCUCGCUGGCGUAUUAUAAUCAACCCAAGGCGGUACCAGGAGCAGCAGAGGCAUCAGCAUUAUCCGGUAUCAGCAGCGGGAGUGAGAGUGACAACGGCUGGAGUGGCUCUGCCGCGAGUGACAGCGAAGACGAGGGCAGCAGCAGCAGCAGCAGCGACGGCGAGUGGUUUGUAGUGCGCAACCCGCUGGAAGCUCAACGGCCGAAACUGAAGGGGAAGGCGCGUUGGAGCAAGCGGAAACACCUGUCGCCGUUUUACCUGGGAAGAACGGCCAGUCUUCGCAAGGGCAAGACCAGCCGGAGCAGCAGCAGCAGCAGCAGUAUUGGCAAGGCUGUCACCACCACCACCACCACCACCAGCAGCAGCAGCAGCACGACAGAGCUAUGGAUAGACGCGUCUGGGUCCGAGGUCAGCAUUGUGCGAGAAACCAGUAGCGAGUCCUUUGUAACGGGUACAGGAGAAGUGCUGACGGGGCGAGGGCGGAGCGAGGUGGAAACGGAGGAUGUUGAAGAAAGCGAAGAAGGUACUAGGUUCGUUACUACGGGGUCUGGUGCGGUGCUGUCUGAAACUGACAGGGGUGGGGAUGCAGGAGAAGGGCUGGGAAGAAGAACAGAGGGGGGAAUGGAGUCAGGAGGGGGUGGUGCCUGGGCUGCUGAUGUUGCUGGGUCCACGGAGGAGGGAUGGCUGGACACGGGAAAUGGAAGCAGCAGCAGCAUGAGCAUGGGCGUGAGCAUAAGCAGCACGCUUUCGAGUGUGUCUGGUAGCUUUACCUCUCUGGGAAGUGGUGGGGUGUAUAGCGACGACAGUGACAGCGAGGAGGGCGACAGUGCUCGUGAAAUCAGCAGCUCUAGCGCGGCAGAUUACAUUGCAAAUGCAAACACCCUCAGCGUCGAGCCUCCCAGCACCGGUAGCAGCAGCAGCAACGGCAUCAGCAGCAGCAGUACGAGCAGCGCGGACGGUGGCAGCAGCAGUGACUCGGAGGGCGAGUUUCUGGGCGGGGACAUGUGCGCGUCGGCCACGGGCGUGGUGCGAGUGCAGUCGCGGAGGAAGGCGGAGAUGUACCUGGUGCGCACGGACGGCAUCAGCUGCACCCGCGAGAAGGUCACCGCGUCGACCCUCGCCUUCUCCCACCCCAGCACGCAGCAGCAGAUGCUCAUGUGGCGCACGCGGCCCCGCACGGUGCUGCUGCUGAAGAAGCUCGGCACGGAGCUCAUGAGUGAAGCCAUGGAGGUGGCGCGGUUCCUGCAUGGCGAGGAGGGAAUGAACGUGAUGGUGGAGCCAGAGCUGCACGACACGCUCUCCCGCAUGCCCGGCUUUGGCUUCCUGCAGACCUUCUACACGCAGGACACCAGCAAGCUGCACGAGAAGGUGGACUUCGUGGUGUGUCUGGGGGGCGACGGGGUCAUCCUGCAUGCGUCCAACAUCUUCAGCUCCUCUGUGCCCCCCAUCGUCUCCUUCAACCUCGGCUCCCUCGGCUUCCUCACCGCACACCCGUACGAGCAGUACAAGCACGAUCUCAAGGCGGUGAUUCACGGGCAGGAGCAGACAGCAGGCGUGUACAUAACGCUGCGCAUGCGCCUCAAGUGCGAGCUCGUCAAGAAUGGCCAGCCAGUGCCAGGGAAGGUGUUUGACGUGCUCAACGAGGUGGUGGUGGACCGCGGCUCCAACCCCUACCUCUGCAAGAUCGAGUGCUACGAGCGCAGCAAGCUCAUCACCAAGGUGCAAGCGGAUGGGGUGAUAGUGGCAACACCCACGGGCAGCACAGCAUACUCCACUGCUGCUGGCGGCUCAAUG